AUGAUUGCUGUUACUGUUGUUGUAUUCGUUGUCACCAAUGUCAUUUGCCAGGGAAUGCAUUUGCCUCUUCGGGGACAAACCUUCCGGCAAUACGGUUUCGUGAUCGAUCCCACGACUACGACGAGUCCAGCACCCGAGUCCCCAACCAGCCAAGGCUUACCAGGCAUCCCGACAUUUAUACUUCCAGACAGACUGCUUUUUCUUGUCGCCUUUCUACAACGGUUGGCCGUAUACACCGUCGCCCUGGCUGGCACACAGAGAACCCGGAGCAUUGAGCUGGUCACAUUCGAUCAUCCUUCCCCCUCCGCAAACGGUUUACAGUCACCCCCACGCUACCCUCGCCCUGACAGGUUAGGGUCCGCAAAGGAAGACAAAAGAGGAGGAAGAGGUGGAUCGGAUCCUGCUUCUUCAACAACUAGUUCUGCUGCUCCUAGAGGCUGGUGGAAAAGCGUAGAGGAUCAUUUUUCUCGGCCUGACGGAGUUGCGGACAGAAAGAAGCCAUCUCCGGAGGGAAGAGUACAUAAAUGGGAAGCGCGGCGGGAUACUGGAGACGAUCACUAUUCUGAGACGGGGGGUACUGUGAGCCUUAGGAAUAGGAAUAGGAAUACCAGACGGCGCCGUUGGGGGACCCAGACAAGGGACGACGACGACAUUAUGAAGUUCUCCCACAGCAUCCAGUUCAAUGCUGUACCGGAUUGGAGCAACUAUUAUAUUGCAUAUAGCAAUCUGAAGAAACUGAUAUACUCGCUCGAAAGGCAGGUCAACCGUCUCGACGAUACUGGCGAAACUGUCGAGUCUGCCCCCCUCCUCGACACUUCGGUAGACACUGAUGCUGUGUUUCGCCGUGCUCUUGACGGCGAGCUAGAGAAGAUAUGCUCUUUCUUCCAUCCCACCGAGGCCGAGCUUUACGAAGAGGUCGAGAAUGUUGUCAAAGAUGAGGAAACGUAUAUGCAAGAAACAAAGGGGUUGAAUAUGGAUUCGGUCGGGGACACAGUGGUCCGAACUCGAACAUUGAGUUUCAAUUCUCCUCGUCGUGGAGCUGCUUUCAGCAAUUCUGGUUUCGGAGCCCAGGGCGGGGACGAACCAAGAUAUACGCGUGCUAGCAAAACCAGAGAAACCGCGGUUGGCGAAGUCGCUACUAAGAAUCAGGAUGUCAAUACCGAUGAUGAUGAGAUGGAUAUCGAUGAACCCCAAGAUCAGGCCGGACGUCGUCGCCCGCUCCGGAAGGACAACCCCAAGCAUGUGGCUGGUGAACUGCUAGACCGUUCUGUGAGCAAUAUGAGCGAGUUGAGAACUCCGAUCGGUGGCCCUGAUACGGAUCACGAUUCUACUCUUGAUCCCAACUAUUCCGCCUUAUAUAAUUCUGGCAUAUCGCUGAAGAAGCGCAUCAUUAGCAUAUAUGUUUCUCUUUGCGACCUCAAGUCGUUCAUCCAACUCAAUCGAACGGGCUUCACGAAGGCAUUGAAAAAAUAUGAUAAAACCCUCGAUCGCAGCCUUAGGCGUCAGUAUAUGAACACUAUCGUCUUAACCGCCUAUCCAUUUACGAAUCCCACAAUGGAGCUGCUCAAUGGCCGUAUUUCUAGAAUUGAGAAGCUCUAUGCAGAGCUCGUCGCGAAGGGUGACCUCGCGCUUUCCAAGCGGGAAUUGAGAUUACAUCUUAGAGAACAUGUUGUGUGGGAACGGAACACUGUGUGGCGGGAAAUGAUUGGUAUCGAACGCAAAUCACAGGCAGCGAAUAUGGGCGUACGACGGACGCUCCUUGCAGGGGACCAGGAUCCUCUGACUGCACAAAGACAGGGUGAUGAGCAAGAGCCUACCAGCAAGGAAAUUAUGACUCCCGUAGGACGAUGUCCCGUCCCAACGUGGCUACUUAGCUCUACUUUUUUCAUGCUGGUAGCCAUCGUGAUUAUCUUCUGCGUUAUGCUGGUGCUUCCGAUUAUGUCGAAGCCAGAGCAACAGAAUUGCCUAGCCAUGUUGGUUUUUGUCAGUUUACUCUGGUCCACAGAGGUGAUCCCACUUUUCGUCACAUCAUUGCUUGUCCCCUUCCUUGUGGUCACUCUCCGCAUUAUGCGAACCGAAGAGAAACCCUACCGGCGCCUAAGCUCAAGAGAAGCAACCGGAGCUGCUUUCGCGGCGAUGUGGACGCCCGUCAUUAUGCUCUUGCUUGGCGGCUUUACUAUUGCUGCUGCUUUGUCGAAAUAUGACAUUGCCCGGAGGAUGGCAACAUUUGUCUUGAGUAAAGCGGGAACGAAACCACGAAUUGUUUUGGUCACAAACAUGUUUGUCAGUAUGAUAUUGAGUAUGUUCAUUAGCAAUGUAGCGGCUCCGGUUUUGUGUUUUUCCAUCAUCCAGCCAAUGCUCCGAAACCUCCCCACAGACUCCCGGUUCUCUAAAGCCCUUAUCCUGGGCAUCGCCCUAGCCUCUAACGUCGGCGGCGCCGCAUCCCCUAUCGCAUCCCCGCAGAACAUCAUCGCCCUCCAAAACAUGAACCCAGCCAUAAGUUGGGGGACCUGGUUCUUCAUUGCCCUACCCGUUUGCAUCAUUUGCAUCAUCGGAAUCUGGAUUCUUCUUCUCGUCACUUUCCAUCCGGGUCGUGGCACUACAAUCGUCCCCAUUCGACCAGUCAAGGACAAAUUCUCUGGUGUGCAAUGGUUCAUCACCCUCGUGACCCUCUUCACUAUCAUCCUCUGGUGCGUCAGCCACGAGCUCGAAACUACUCUGGGUGACAUGGGCGUUAUCGCCAUUAUCCCGCUGGUGUUAUUCUUCGGCACGGGAAUCCUCACCAAGGAAGACUUCAACAACUUUCUCUGGACCAUCAUCAUCCUCGCCUCGGGCGGCCUCUGUCUGGGACACGCUGUCACUUCGUCAGGCCUCUUGCAUACUAUUGCCAAAGCUAUCACGGAGCGUGUGGGGGAUUUCAGCCUGUAUGGUGUCCUCAUAUCAUUCACAGGCCUCAUCUUAGUUGUGGCUACAUUCAUCUCGCAUACCGUUGCAGCCCUGAUUAUGCUCCCACUUGUCCAGCAGGUGGGCGCAAGCAUGAAUCAGCCCCACCCGAAUCUGCUGGUUAUGGGUAGUGCCCUGAUGUGCUCCGUUGCCAUGGGUUUGCCGACCAGCGGGUUUCCAAAUAUGACUGCUAUUAUGAUGGAAGUCCCCGAAACCGGCCAACGAUAUCUCCGUGUCCGCCACUUCAUCACUCGCGGUGUUCCGGCGAGUAUUUUGUCAUAUGGUGUGGUGGUGACUGUGGGCUAUGGGCUGAUGAUUGUUGCGGGUCUGUAA